UUACUGCAGCGCGACAACAGUUGCCGUUAAUGCACGAAGAUGUGUCGCAAAACAGGAAGUGUCGUAAACGUGAUGAAACGUUUGUGCACAGCAGAUACACGUGUGAUCAGAAGUGUUGUGAACGUUCAUUUGUUGUCAGGAUGGCGAAGAGUUUACGCAGCAAAUGGAAGAGGAAGAUGAGGGCAGAGAAAAGAAAGAAGAAUGCCCCCAAAGAGUUGGCACGACUUAAAACCGUGCUGGGCCAGGGAGAGAAAGGAGAGAUCACCAUGAAAGAUGUAGCUGAGAUUGCCACAGUGGUGCCUGCGGAGAAGGUGAAAGAGAAAACACAAGACGUAGAUAUGCAGGAGGACGAAGCUGAUGUUGGCAAGAUGGAUUUAGAUAGUAAACGCAAUAAAAAGACAAUGCUGGAUAAUCAAGGACAGUAUCCUGGCUGGAUGAACCAAAGGCAGAUGAAAAAGGUCAAAGCUAAACGUUCAAGCAAGAAAGGAAAACCUAAGAAGGGAAUAGCUUGGUAGAUAAAUCGACGUCUUUGUGUAUGGACAAGUUACAUUCCUGUAACUGCUGUACAGGAUCAUUGAUGUGCAUUAUUAUGUGCAAUUUGUAUAUUUCUGUGGACUGUUUAUGCAGACUUGAACAGACAAAUACUUGCUAAAUGUGAUGAUGAUCUAUUAUUGGCAAGCACUGUUUACGGAUUGUGAAUGGACCAGAAGUAAAGGUCCAUUUUAAUACUCCGAGUCCUCUUGAUUUAACAUGCCAAUUGUCCGACUAUAUAUUUCCGUAAAAAAUAUAUACAUGUAUAUACAUGCUUUCUCUAUUUUGACCACAUAAUUGUUUUGGUCUGCAUGAUUUUGAAGUUUAAAAGAAUAAUUAUGAUUAAGCAUGUGUUUUCAUCAUAAUAAAUACAAUAUUCAUUCA